CACAGAAACCAAGCACUUUACGAGAAGUCCGCCUGCUGAUCGACACGUGUCAGGGCUUGCGCCACGUAGCCCUCCGUUUCCCAUCUCCGGCCUUUUGCGGUUCGGUGGUUUUCUUCCUUCUGUUAACCCUUCUCCUUCAGGCCUUCUGAUCUCGCGUAGGGAAAAAAACAUGGAGGUGCCCAUAGGCUUUCUUGCUAAGCUAUGGAGCUUUAUCUCAUUCCUUCCGUUCUUCUUCAUGCUAAUGAUUCUUGGCAUCCUCAAAGCUGCUGUCAUUGGUCCAGUAGUAGCUGUGAUAAUUCUUGUCGGUAAUUCUGCCGUAAUCAUCGGUCUUUGGCCUGCACAUUUCAUCUGGACUCACUACUGUGUGAUAAAAACCAAGAGACUUGGGCUUGUUCUCAAGGUGUUACUGUUGCUGUGCCUGCCAGUGCCGUUGCUUUUGUGGCCAGUGUUCGGCAUUCUUGGGAGCCUUCUUGUAGGAACAGGAUAUGGAUAUUUCACUCCUCUGAUUGCAACUUUUGAGGCUGUUGGGGAGGGUGUCAUCAACAAGCUUUAUCACUGUUUUGCUAAUGGAUGCAUGGGCACAAUCAAGGGAGCUUGUACGUUGGUGCGGGACUUCACAGACUUUUGCUUCCACUCCUACUUCUCAUUUAUGGAUGACCUGAGUGAAAAAAUAGCAGAGGAUGAGAAACCAGUGGAUAUCGAGUUAACAAAACUACCAGGUUGUUUGCUUGUUUGCCUUCUUGCGGUCCCCAUAGAUGUGCUUAUGAUAACUGGUUUGGCAUUAUGGAAAAGUCCCUACAUGUUGUUGAAAGGAUGGCAGCGGCUGUUUGAGGACUUGGUUGGGAGGGAAGGACCUUUCCUAGAGACAGUUUGUGUACCUUUUGCUGGGCUAGCCAUCUUGUUGUGGCCUCUAGCGGUGAUCGGGGCAGUGCUUGCUGCAUUCAUCUGCAGCUUCUUUCUAGGACUCUUCGCUGGAGUGAUCGUUUAUCAGGAGAACUCUCUACGAAUGGGACUCGCAUAUAUCGUAUCUAUUGUAUCAAUCUUUGAUGAGUACGCGAAUGACUUGCUUUAUCUCAGAGAAGGUUCCUGUCUUCCAAGGCCCAAGUACCAGAGAGCUCAAGUUCCUACUGAAAAUAUUGAGAGAAAAAAUCAAACUGAACAGAACAAGAAUGAAAAUGAAAAAGUUUUAUCAGGUGUUAAGAGAACUAGGUUUGCUUCAGAAGGAACCAAGACAUUGAAAAAGGCUAUCCAAGAUUUAAGACCUAUUCAAAUAUGGGAUUGGCUUUUCAGAUCCUGUGAAUUAAAUGGAAGGGUAUUACUUGCUGAGGGUGUGAUUGGUCUUUCAGACAUAGAGGAAUCCAUAAUCCAGGGAAAUUGCAAGAAACUAAGCAUCAAAUUGCCUGCCUGGUGCAUCCUACAGUGUCUGCUAAGAUCUGCAAAAUCUGAUUCGUAUGGAUUGCUUAUAUCUGAUGAGGUGGAGGUAACAAACUUUAACUGGCCAAAGGACAGAGUGGUGGAUUGGAUUCUCGGACCGCUUUUGAUCAUGAAGGAACAGAUAAAAAGGCUGCAAUUAGAUGAGAAUGAAGAAUCCUGUUUGAUGAAGUUGAUUAUGAUCAGGAACAAUGAGAAACCAGAGGACUGGGAUGAUAGCGGAUUCCCAUCAGAUGACAACAUAAGAAGAGCUCAACUGCAAGCAAUCUUUAGAAGGCUGCAGGGAAUUGUUGCUAACAUGUCCCGCAUCCCAAGUUUCCGGAGGCGAUUCAGUAAUUUGAUCAAGACUUUGUAUCUGGAAGCAAUAGAAAAUGGUACUUUGAGGAGCUCUGAAGCGGAUUCAAAGUCUAGAGGCAAGAUCAACAGGUUGAUUGAUAGCAGAGAGAAGCAAAACAGAAGAACAGAAAGUGCAAGUGCAUCGAAUAGGCCCAUGACAGUGGCGGCGUUACAUGAUAUUUGAGCAGACUUCCACAGCCUAAUUUCAUAGGAUGAAUAAUGUCUUGUUUGAUUCUAAGGUGCCAUGGCCCAGAAGUUAAUGGCUCACAAGCUGGUUGUGGAUUGCCAGUUUGUACACAAAUCCAUUUGCAGCUUCCUUCUAUUGCUUAAGCAGAAGAAACGGGUCUUCUAUCUCAAAAACGCUGGCCAGAAUUUUUGCUCUGGUUCAGAGAAGCAAAGCGCACAUAUCAGCCAGUUCAUGCACUGCUAGUGCAGCUGAUCGACAAUUUGAUGUAGUUCAAGUGCAAGUUACCAGAGUUGCUGCAAUCCGAACAGAGUCAUGAUUUGUCACCAUGGUAUACUUGAUAGAGAACUUUAGUUGGAAUAGCAGAAAAUUACAAAGGGAUCUUGCCUUCUAGCAAAAUGUUUCUAUUAAAUCAUGCUUGCUAGUUCCUAGAAUGUUGCCCAUACGUGCUAAUUUGAUCAGAUAAAAUAUUGAACUUUUAUAGUUGGCAAAGAUGCAAUAUAUAUUUAUCUACCGAGAUAGAAAAUU